GACAGGGCGAGCUAGCUUUCAGUUUCAACCUUCUUCACUAAGUCUUCCGUGAGUGAUACAACACUGGUUAAAAUGUCUCGAGUGGAGGCUCUAUGGGAGCGGCUAGUUAAUGCUGCGUUACGAAGGGAUAGAACAGGAGAAUCAGCUGGUGGUGGUUGUCCUGGUGAGGGCAGAGACAUAGAUGAUAUUCUGAGAGCUGCUGAUGAACUCCAAGCUGAUGACCCCGUCAUAGCUAGGAUCUUAUGUGAGCAUGCUUACUCGCUUGCACAAAAACUUGACCCUAAUAGUGAAAGCGUAAGUGUUUUACAAUUUAGAACCGGAUUGAUGUCCGUUAUUAAGCAAAGAGAUGAAAAAAGAGAGGUUGAGACCAUAAAUAGAAGUCAAGAUAUUAACCGCCUGCAAGGUUUUUACCAGCGGUACAGAGAAAAGAACAAUGUUGACACGUUAAAGGAGGAAGAAAAGCAGCUCUGUGAGUCAGGCGCUUUCACUGACGAGCUAGAGCAGAAAACAGUAGAAAGGAAAAGAGUCUUUGCCAACCUUAAAGUUCUGGAACAUGUGUUGGAGCAGGUUUCAAAAGAGAUCUUUGAAGAGCUGAAGCAUGCUAAUGAUUCAGAUGCUGCAAUGAGUCAUGAGGACACAGUUGCCUACAACAUUGUUCCUUUUGAUGCUCCUGUCACGGCAAAUGCCACGACGGCUUUCUGUGAGGUGCAAGCCGCAGUUACAGCGUUGAAGUAUUUUCCAGGCCUGCCAAAAUUGCCUGCUGAGUUCCCCCUUCCUGCAACAAGGAAUGCUGAUAUGCUUGAUUUUCUUCACUAUAUAUUUGGGUUUCAGAGAGACAGCGUCUCCAAUCAGCGUGAACAUAUAAUUCUUCUUCUUUCUAAUGAGCAAUCCCGCCUUAAUAUUCCUGGAGAAACAGAACAUAAACUUGAUGAUGCUGCAGUGAGUAAUGUGUUUUUGAAGUCCCUAGACAACUACAUUAAGUGGUGUGAUUACCUGUGCAUUCAACCUUCAUGGAGAAAUUUAGAGGCUAUAAGUGGAGAAAAGAAACUGCUAUACCUCUCUUUGUAUUUCCUGAUUUGGGGUGAAGCUGCCAACAUACGGUUCCUUCCGGAAUGUUUGUGCUACAUAUUCCACCAUAUGGUAAGAGAAAUGGAUGAGAUCUUACGCCAGCAGGUUGCUCGUCCAGCUGAGAGUUGUAGACCAGUCGAUAGUUGUGGCUCUGAGGAUGAUGUAUCAUUCCUUGAUCAUGUUAUUUCUCCACUGUAUGAAGUUGUAUCAGCGGAAGCUUUUAACAAUGGCAAUGGCCGAGUACCUCAUUCAGCUUGGAGAAACUAUGAUGACUUCAAUGAGUACUUUUGGUCGCUUCAAUCCUUCGAGCUUGGUUGGCCGUGGCGAACCAGUUCAUCUUUUUUUCAAAAACCUAGACCUAGAGCAAAGUUCGAGCUUAAACCCGGUAGAGAAAAACAUCGAGGAAAGACUUCCUUCGUUGAGCACCGAACGUUUUUGCAUCUCUACCACAGCUUCCAUCGGCUAUGGAUAUUCCUCGCUAUGACGUUUCAGGCACUGGCCAUAGUUGCGUUCAAUGAAAAAAGCCUUGCUUCCAGGAAGACUUUGCGUGAGAUUCUCAGCCUGGGACCGACUUAUGUUGUGAUGAAGUUUUCCAAGAGUGUUCUGGAUGUCUUCAUGAUGUAUGGUGCUUAUUCUACUACAAGACGUCUGGCUGUUUAUCGCAUGUUUCUCCGUCUCAUUUGGUUUGGUCUUGCUUCUGUCUUCAUAUCUUUCCUCUAUGUGAGAGCACUUCAAGAAGAUAGCAAACCAAAUUCUGAUUCAGUCAUGUUCACGCUUUAUGUGAUUGUCAUAGCCAUCUACGGUGGUGUUCAGUUCUUUUUUGGUGUCCUGAUGCGCAUCCCAGCUUGUCACAACAUUGCUAAUAAAUGUGAUGGGUGGACUGUGGUUCGAUUCUUUAAGUGGAUGUGGCGCCAGGAGAGACACUAUGUUGGCCGUGGCAUGUAUGAAAAGACAUCUGAUUUUAUAAAGUACUUGCUGUUUUGGCUUGUUGUUCUGUCUGCAAAGUUCUCGUUUGCGUACUUUCUUCAGAUAGAGCCGCUCGUUAGUCCAACAAGGAUGAUAGUGAAACAUGGAAACUAUAAUGCUCUGACUGUUGCCAGUUUAUGGGCUCCUGUUGCCUCUAUAUACCUGUUAGACAUCCAUAUAUUCUACACCCUUGUUUCUGCUUUUUUGGGUUUCUUUCUCGGUGUGAGAGAUCGUUUGGGAAAGAUAAGAUCUUUGGAAGAAAUUCACAAGCAAUUUAAGAAGUUUCCAGGGGCCUUUAUGAGGGCUCUUCAUGUCCCUAUAACCAAUCGGUCUUGGGAUCCUUCUCAUGAGGUUGUGGAUAAGAAGAACAGAGUAGAGGCAGCUCACUUUGCUCCAUUUUGGAACCAAAUAAUAAAAUGUCUACGAGAGGAAGACUACAUCACUGAUUUUGAGAUGGACUUGCUCCUGAUGCCCAAGAAUUAUGGAAGUAGACUGGUUCAGUGGCCUCUCUUUCUUCUUUCCACCAAGAUAUUAUUGGCCACAGAGAUUGCUGCUGAGAGUAAGUCACAAGAGGAGAUUGUGAAGAGGAUCGAAAAGGAUGCCUAUAUGAAGUAUGCUGUUGAAGAAGUCUAUUACAGCCUUGAACGUGUCCUAAUAACAACGCUGGAAGCCGAGGGGAAGAUUUGGGUGGACAGAAUCUUCAGAGACAUCCGGACCAGCAUAACUAUGAGAACUAUACAUCUUGAUUUUACGUUGAAGAAACUCUCCCUUGUUAUCACGAGAGUGACUGCACUCUUAGGAGUCCUGAAAGAAAAUGAAACACCGGAGAAUGCAGCAGCGGUUACCAAAGCACUUCAAGAUCUAUACGAUGUUAUGCGGCUUGACAUAUUAGCUGUUGAUAUGAGGGGUCACUAUGACGCGUGGAACGUGAUAACUCGAGCAUCGAAUGAAGGUCGUCUGUUUACAAAGUUGAAAUGGCCUAAAGAUCCCGAGAUGAAAGCUCUCGUCAAAAGAUUGUACUCUCUACUUACCAUCAAAGACUCUACAGCGCCGCAUGUUCCUAGAAAUCUUGAGGCCAGACGCAGACUUCAAUUCUUCACCAAUUCUCUUUUCAUGGAUGUGCCACAACCAAAGCCUGUCCACCAGAUGUUAUCCUUCAGUGUCUUCACUCCAUAUUGUUCUGAGGUUGUGCUGUAUAGCAUGGCUGAACUCACAAAGAGAAAUGAGGAUGGGAUAUCAAUCUUGUUUUACCUUCAGAAAAUAUAUCCAGAUGAGUGGAAAAAUUUUCUCGCACGAAUAGGAAAAGAUGAAAAUGCGUUAGAAGGUGAUCUACAUAAUGAGAGAGACAUACUUGAACUUCGAUUUUGGGCUUCGUACCGUGGACAAACGUUAGCUAGAACAGUUCGAGGGAUGAUGUAUUAUAGGAAAGCUCUCAUGCUUCAGUCUUAUCUGGAAAGAAAAGCUGGAACAGUUACAGACGAGGAAUCCACACUUUAUGGUAAUAACCCAACGGAUGCUGAAGGAUUUGAGUUAUCUCCUGAAGCAAGGGCCCAAGCAGAUCUAAAGUUUACAUAUGUUGUCACAUGCCAAAUGUAUGGAAGACAGAAAGAAGAUCAAAAACCUGAAGCUGCUGACAUUGCACUGCUAAUGCAAAGAAACGAAGCCCUUCGCAUUGCCUACAUCGAUGUUGUUGAUACUCUUAAAGAGGUUAAAUAUCAUAAAGAAUAUUAUUCAAAACUUGUGAAGGCCGACAUCGAUGGAAAGGAUAAGGAAAUUUACUCCAUAAGAUUGCCUGGGGAUCCAAAACUUGGCCAAGGCAAAGCUGAGAAUCUAAACCAUGCCAUUGUGUUUACUCGCGGAAAUGCAGUCCAGACUAUUGAUGUGAAUCAAGAUAAUUACUUUGAAGAAGCCUUGAAGAUGAGAAAUCUUUUGGAAGAAUUCGAUAGGGACCAUGGUAUAAGACCACCUACCAUUCUUGGAGUUCGGGAACAUGUAUUUACUGGAAGUGUCUCCUCCUUGGCCUCUUUCAUGUCCAAUCAAGAAACUACCUUUGUAACUCUUGGCCAACGAGUACUGGCAAAACCCUUGAAGAUCCGCAUGAAUUAUGGUCAUUCAGAUGUCUUUGACAGAGUUUUCCAUAUCACACGUGGUGGUAUCAGCAAGGCCUCUCGGGUCAUCAAUGCUAGUGAAGAUAUCUUUGCUGGUUUAAACUCAACUCUACGUCAAGGGAAUAUUACUCAUCAUGAGUAUAUUCAAGUGGGCAAAGGGAGAGAUGUGGGGCUCAACCAAAUAGCUCUGUUUGAAGGGAAGGUUGCUGGUGGUAAUGGUGAACAGGUUCUUAGUAGAGAUGUAUACAGACUUGGCCAGCUUCUUGAUUUCUUUAGAAUGAUGUCAUUCUACUUCACAACAGUUGGCUUCUAUUUCUGUACAAUGUUGACGGUGCUUACUCUGUAUAUUUUCUUGUAUGGGAAGGCAUACCUGGCGUUUUCUAGAGUUGGAGCUACUAUUCGAGAAAGAGCUAUUCUUGUGAACAAUACUGCACAUAGCGCCGCCCUCAGCGUUCAGUUUCUGCUUCAGAUUGGUGUCUUCACUGCUGUGCCAAUGAUUCUAGGCUUUAUUUUGGAACAUGGUUUUCUCCAGGCCAUUGUAAGUUUCACAGCUAUGCAGUUUCAGCUGUGUACCGUCUUCUUCACAUUUUCUCUUGGCACAAGAGCCCAUUAUUUUGGACGGACACUUCUCCACGGUGGUGCUAGUGUUUGUCAACAGUACCAAGCCACUAGAAGAGGGUUUGUACUCAAGCAUAUCAAAUUUUCUGAGAACUACCGUCUUUAUUCCAGAAGUCAUUUUGUUAAAGGGAUGGAGGUUAUACUCUUACUGGUUGUCUACCUUGCUUAUGGAAAUGAUGAGGCUGGUUCUGUUUCCUACAUACUUCUGACGGUUAGCAGCUGUUUCUUGGCUUUCUCUUGGCUCUUUGCUCCUUACAUGUUCAACCCUUCUGGAUUUGAGAGGCAAAAAGUGGUGGAAGACUUCAAAGAAUGGACAAAGUGGCUCUUUUAUAGAGGUGGUGGGAUUGGUGUGGAAGGAGCUGAAAGCUGGGAAGCAUGGUGGGAAGAAGAACUGUCUCACAUUGGGACCUUGAGUGGGAGGAUGGUGGAGACCAUAUUAAGUCUACGAUUCUUUAUCUUCCAGUAUGGUAUUGUCUACAAACUGAACGUGCAUGGAUCAGAUACAUCAUUUGCGGUGUAUGGUUGGUCAUGGGCUGCAUUUGCGGUGAUUUUAGUUAUUUUCAAGGUCUUUGCCUUUAUUCAGAAGAUUGCUGUCAGUUUUCGGCUUGUGCGUAGGUUUAUACAAGGCCUUGCCUUAUUGGUGUCUCUAGCUGGUAUAAUCGUAGCGGUUGUGCUGACAGAGUUGUCAGUGCAAGACAUAUUUGCUAGUGUUUUAGCCUUUUUACCAACAGGAUGGGGAAUCCUUUCUAUUGCGUGUGCUUGGAAGCCACCCAUUAAGCGGAUUGGGAUGUGGGAAUCAGUACGUUCCCUGGCAAGGCUGUAUGAUGCAGGAAUGGGAAUGCUCAUAUUUCUUGCCAGUGCGUUCUUAUCGUUGUUCCCGUUUGUCUCUACCUUCAAACACGUAUGAUGUUUAACCAAGUGUUUAGUUGAAUGCUAUCAGUGUAUAUAAAUGUGUUUUUCUUUAUUAGUUUUAUGAGUUAACGAGUGUAGUAGUAGUAGAAAAUGAAUGAGAGCCUAUUUGUAAAAUUUGAAGCAUUUUAAGACUUUUGUAGAUUCGGUACAUGUUGCAAGUCAGACUUGUGUAGUA